CCUAUUUGUAUUUAUUUUAUUCGCAAAAUCAGGAAAAAAUAAGGGGAAAUAAAUAAUUUUUUUCCAAAAAUAAUUAACGUUUCAAAGUUAUUAUUGGGCAGUAAUUGCUACAACAUCAGAAGAAACUCAAGAAAUACACUUUCAUAUCAAUUCACGGGCAUUUGCCUUCGUAUCGCGUGGUGUUUCUUUCUACGAACAUUUAGGAACAUUCAUUUACGACGGCAAGUUUAAUCAACACACCAUAAAGCAAUAACAACAACAAAACACAAAAGCAGCAACAAUAACCGAAAAGAAGAAGAGUAUAAUAAUACAAUAACAGAGCCAGCCGACGAACGUGGAGCAAAAGAAAAUACACAAAAAAUAGAGAGGAGUGAGUUUGUUUAUUUUUCUCGGGACUGACGGUCGGUAAAAACAGACACAGAAUAUUUUUGCCUUCUUCUUUGGAUUUGAACAUCACAACAUUCUCAUCAUCAUCAACGUCUAGUCGGGUUUUUCACUUGCUGGAACGUCGUAAUCACCUGAAUGUUCUAAGGAUGUCGGAAUACAGAUUGACGGAUCAGAAAUAUUCCGAGGCUGAGUACCUUUUUCAGACAAUCGAAAUGGCCAAAUCGGAUGAAGAAUUCGAUGUGGAAUUGUGUUCAACGCCACCCUCGCACACAGAACUGGAAUUGGAGCUAAGCAAUGAUCCGCAUUCAAGAUACUCAUGGACGCUGGUGAAGCGGCGGCGGCCUCGCCGACGUUACACAGUGUCGCACGGCGGUGGGGGAGGUGGUUCUGCCACUAAUGGUUGCCAAAACGGUGUUGGAGGUUCUGUGUACUGCAAUGGCUCAGCUGGAAAUCUACCACCUGCCCCGCCCUCUACACCAACUUCUUCAACACCCACCAACACUAGCCUGCUAUCGUCAUCGUCGAUUGUUAAUGGUUCGGUUGAUGAACCAGAUCAACGCAUCGACAGUCUUCUAUACAUUCUCGACUAUGCACCCAAGUACAAAAAGAAACUAAAAGAGCAGCAACGUACUGAUGCUGAAUUAGCAGAACUAUUUAAUGUUGUCUCAAUAACAGCCUCCAAUGGUAGUUCGUCGGCCUCUGCAUCGUCCAAAAUGAAAUUGCAACCGGAACGUGGUGUGGCGUCCAUGUCACGGACCAUACGCAAACCUUUGGGUACAACAAAGAUAUUCAAAAUACACCGUAACCUAAAGGAGUUUUGGGAGACCGAUGAAGAAGAUUCGGUAUCGGCGCCCGAAUACGAUACCGAAGAAGAGGAUACACGUUUUCAUAGACUGGGGCGCAUCAAACCAUCAGGAAAGCUGUUGCAACGAAAGCGGCAACGGCGUUUUGCCCGCUUCGAACAUCAGGAACGUAUGGAAGCCAUGGUGGAUAUAUUCGAUGAGGCAAUGACAUUCAAUGAAACUUAAAUUUCAAAACAAAUUUAGAGCUGCCUACAGUUAUUGCCCACCAAACAGCAAUUAAACCGGGGGUAAUCUAAAGGGAGGGAGAAUUGUUUGCAAUUCUCUGCUCUGUAAAUGUGGAGAGCGAAUGAAUGUCUGAAUGUGUGGUAUUUAUGUUUAAGGGCUGGUGAUUGCAAUCCUGUAGUACGACUGAGUUGGAACUGUUUUUGUCUUUCUGUUAAGGUUAGUACUUAAAAUAAUUUGAUAAUGUCCGAACGUGUAAUAAUGAUAUUGUAAUCACCACAGGGAUUAAAAUUUUUGAAGAGUGUAUAACUGUUGGGGAAGUAGUGAUAUAUAUUUUUUUUUUUUUUUUUGAUCUAAAAUAUUUUUAGUGAAGCAGUGUUCUACAAUGUGAAUAAUGCUAAAUAAGAGAUCUAUGGAAGUUUUUCGAACAAUGAUAUGCAUGUUUUUGAAGAUGUUUUAUGAAUAUAUAAAAUCAUCAUUGUGAUGUUUUUUAAAUAGAAUACAUCUUUGGGUCUUCUAUAGCUGAAAGCUAAUUUAAUGACAUUCUUUAGGCCCGAUCCGAUCCGAUCUGGCAGGUGCAACUGUAAGAUCUGUAAAAAGUAGAAAGAAUAUAUGAGUCUUAUUUAAAUAGAAAACCUUAUUGGGUUUCUUAUGGAUAGAAGAUCUUUCAUUUUGUGAAAUAUAGAAGGUUUCCAAUUAAUCUUGAUUGUUUUCUGUAUUAAGAAAAUCUCUUUAAGAGCUUCUUUAGAUUUCAUAUAGUCUAUAUAGUUGUGGGUACUCAAUAUAUUUAUGAAGUCUAGUACCCGUGCAAAUUUUUUUAUAGAGGUCUUUAUAAAAUACUUUUUAAAGUCUAUAGGAGUGCUAUUAAUAGUCCGCUCCCGUUCUUUUCAUAGGUAACAAGAAACUAAAGUUAUCUCCCCGGUAAAUUUAAAUCGGCUGCAAACGAAACUAUCCAUUCAAGACCAUAGCUAAGGCCUGUGAUACUUCUGCGAUAACUUUUUGUCAAACCCUUAUUUCAGCGUAACCUUGUCAAUCACAAACUGAUAAGAAAUCAUCAAGUUAAUUAUUUUCUAGAUAAGAAAUUAUAAAUUGCUUAAAUUGACAAAAAUAAACUUUGAUAGGUUUUUUAGCGAAUUAAUAGUAAUAGCUUUUCCUCACAUUUGUUUACAUCUGUUACGAAUCCACUUGGAUAUAUUUGAAGUUUUCCGUAAAGCUAAAAAUAUUUCUAUGUAAUACAUUUUGGAACUUUACAACAAGUCUUACAAAAUAUUUCUGUAGAAUGGUUUUAUAUUAAUUCUCACCAUAAAGAAAUACUAAAAAUUUGAUCAAUUGUAUUACUUCAUUGAAGUAUAAAUUUUUUACUCUUUAUGUGUAUUUAAAUUUUUUACACAUUUUAUAAAGUUCGAAUAAUGGGACUGAACCCAACAGUUAUAAAAUUAGUUAUAGACAAAAUAAUGUAUAAAAAUGCAAUACCAGCCCUAAACAAUAAAAUAAAAAAACGUAAACAAAACAAUAAAAAUUAAAAAAAAAAUAAGUAAAUGUAACUUAAAAAAGAAAAACAAAAAUGAAAAAGGGUCUCAAUGUGAUGAAGAAUGAAUUUCUGUAUAAUUUAAAAUUAAUUAUUAUUUUUAGUUUUGUGUUUUUUUUUUAAUUUCAAAUACUAUAAUAGUUUUUUUUUUAAUUAAUAUAAUAAUUUCUUGAAUAAUGAAUUAAGAUUUUGUGUUUUUUCUUUUAGUUUGUUGAUAAGAAAUCAAAAAUAUAAAGCGAUAGAAAUUAUCACAAAAAUCACAAAACAGAAAACAAUAAACACAAACAAAACCUCAGACUACAAACAAACAUAAACAAAUAAUUUAAAAACAAAACUGAAAUCGAAUUGUUAGUACCUUUUCCUCAUUACAAAACAAACAAAACAACAAAAAACUAAUGCUUCCUUUGACAAUUCUUCUUCAUUCUAUAAGAUAACACAAAUUACUAUUAAUCUCUAAUUUUGACACCCUAUGAAAGAAAAAUAUAAAAAUCCCCAGGGGUAUUUAGGGUGGCAAAUUCUAUAUUGUGAUUAUGAUUAAUUGUAUAUUUUUAAAAUUGAUUUAACUCCUGAUUUUUUCUGUAUGUAAUCCAGAUAGAUGAUUUUUAUGUUCCAUUAAAAUAAUUUAAACUUUAAAUUUUGUGAGAGUGUAAAUUUUUCCCCAUUUGAUAUUAAUUUUUAAGUACAGAUGCAACCCAAAUACAAUGGAAACCAAAAUCAAUUCAAAACCUACAACUCCAACUCACUAAACAGAUGAAUUUAUACGUUAUUAACAAACAAAACAACAAUGUUGUCCUUCUUUAGUGUUAUAUCUGUAUAUUAAAUUAUUAUUAUUACUUUCUGGUUUUAGUUUAAAACGAAAUCAAACGAAAUUCUGUUCUCUUUAUAUAUACGAAAAAAAAAAAAAACAUACCAACCUACAUACAUAAUCGAAAGAAAGAUAUAAUAUAUAGUAUUCCAUUUUAUUGUGCGAUAUCAUGGACUUUCUCCUUCUCUUAGUUUAUAAAACCUUUUUUUCUUUUUUGGACGUAUGGACGGACGUUCCUUAAAAAGAAUUUUCUAUAUACAUACAUGUAUGCAUAUUUUAUAUUUUAGUUCUUUUUUUAAAAAGUUCCAAAUAAAUUUUGAAUGUAUUGUAUCAUGUAAUAACUAAAUAAAAAAAUAAAAACAAAAAAAUGAAAGAAAAAACGACAAAAAGAAAAUAAAAAUUAUCUCUAAAUAAUUAAAAUACAACUUGGUAUUAUUUAUAA